UCAGUUUACCUUGGAAAGUCGACAGCAGUGUCAGUGUUUCUUUUUUUAAACUCUCGCAUAAAAAAUGGAAGGUCCCACAGUGUUUAAACCCAAAAGAUAUCCCACAAAUCUUUUGCCCCAAGAGCAUUGGGAUAAACGAGUUUGCUAUGUUCGCGGCAAUUGUGAGAAAUUUCUCAAUAAAGUCCAUGACAUUCAGGUGUACGACGAUGAUGUUUGGGUGGUGACUUUGCCGAAAUGUGGUACCACCUGGAUGCAGGAACUUGUUUGGCUUGUCAUGAAUGAUUAUGAUUUUGAAACGGCGAAAAAUACUAACUUGGAAGUUCGUUCGCCGUUUAUGGAGUUUAAUUAUAUGAUAACUACGGAUUUAGAGAAAUGUCUGGAGCCAAUUGAAAAUUUAAAACAUCCGCGUUUGAUAAAAAGUCAUUUGGCUCUGCCGCUGUUGCCCUCACAAAUAUGGGAUAAGAAAGCGAAGGUAAUUUAUGUGACACGUAAUCCCAAGGAUGCCUAUGUCUCCGAAUAUCAUUUCAUACGACACAUGGGUCUCCUACCGCCACAAUGCACCAUCGAUGAUUACAUCAAAGGGCGAAUGUAUGAAAAAGAUUGCAACGAACAAUUCGAUAAUAUGUACGAAUUCUAUAAAAUUCGCUCGGAACCUUGGCUUUUCUAUACCAGUUUUGAACAAAUGAAAUUGAAUUUACGUCAAGUCAUUUUGGAUGUUUGUAAAUUUUUGGGCAAAUCUAUCGAUGAUGUGACCAUGGAAAAAAUGCUAAAACAUUUGUCAUUCGCAGAGAUGAAAAAAAAUCCACGAACAAAUCAUUUGUGGGAAAUCGAAGAAGUUCGUAAAAAGACAAAUGCAGGCGAAAGUGAAUUUAAUUUCUGUCGCAAAGGUGAAACCGAUUCUUAUAAAAAGGAAUUAUCACCGGAAUUGGUAAAAGAAUUGGACAAUUUUGUUAAAGAAAAAGUUGCCCAGUAUGGUGUUACAUUGAAUGAUUUGUUAUUAUUGAAUAAUGAAAAGAAAUCGUACACUAAUAGUAUGUUUAAAGAAAAAUUGAGUUUUUGGGAGAAAGUGGCACAAAGAACUUGAUCUUCUCCCAUAUUCAUUCACGUUUUUAAGAGAGAAAUUCAGGAUUUCGUUUCAUGAUAUUAUUGUUUUUGAUUUUACGGACUAGUAAAUAAAUUUGAUUAUGAUUAUUAAUUGUAUGUAAUAUUGAUUUCAAUAAAAAAUGUUUCAUAUUUUUGUUAGAACUUAAAAUUAUGC